AGAGCGCGUGAAAUUGCUCUCCUAAAUUAAGUGAUUUUUGUUCGGUUUUCUGAAGUAAAUAAAGUCAAAUACCGAGGCAUUUUACUUCAAAAGUUUUAUACACAGUGUAUUUUUGUAAAAUACAUAUUUUACCUAUGAAAAAACCAGGAAUUUUACUUCAAAAAAACAUCGAGUGAUUCUACUGCACAACCCUGGUUAGUACCGCUUGAAGUUGGCGCUUAGUUGAAGGACCUGAAGUUGAAGCACUUCAAGUUACAUUUGAGAUUUUGAGGUUAGUUUCUAUAAACAUAUAUUUUAAGUUUUGUUUUGAAAUCAUUUCGACUUGUUUACUUCCCUUACUGCGUGGUAACAAUAAAAUUUUAACAUAAGUAUUUUGUGAAAAAUAUCUAAAGCAACAGAAAAAGUGGAAAAAGUAUUUAAAUUAUAGUAAUUCCCCGCCAUAAGCAGACAAUUUACCACGUGACUUUGAAACCUUGCCUAGCAGCUGUUCAGCUGUCAAAAUUCUUUUUCCACCAAUCGAAUUGUUAUCCUUUUUCUUUUGUUUUACAACACAAAAAAUUGCACAAACAACCCCUCGGGAAAAAAAUGACACUAUCUGAACAAUUGGACAGAGGUAGACGAACGAUAAACGUGAAACUACGAAUUUAAACGAUUUAAAUACAUUGAUAAACAAACAAAAAGUGAUGUCGUCGUACUUUAAAAUACUUGCGAGUCAAGAAAAAAAACAACUUCCUAGUAUCAAAACAAAGAUUUCGAUAUAACAGUUAACCUAAACGUUCGUCAAACGUUCACAACUGGUUCGUGAAUAACAGACAUUAUACCAGUAUGAGUCAGCUUUUUAAUAAACACGAAAUUAUUUAUUAUGAAUUAUGAAUAUCAAGUUGAGUAUACGAUAAAAGGUGUAAUUGACAGAAUUGAAAAUUUAGUGAAUUUAGAAAUGCUUCUGAGUUAGCAAUGAUGCCUCAGUUAAAAGGUUUGCCAGUUUUUAUCUUUCCACACAGUAUCAAAUUUUACAUGGAUGAUCAGUCGUCACAUAAACAAGUUUUAACCCUCUACAAUCCCUACGAUUUUCGUCUUAAAUUUCAAGUUUGUCUUGAAAAAUCUGCACAACGUGACAAGUAUACAGUUGUCGAUUCGGAAGGAACGAUAAAAGCAAAAUGUUGCAUCGAUAUUGUAAUUCGACAUAUUUCAGCUGUUCCUUCCAACUGUAAUGUUGUCGAUAGAUUUAGUAUAGAUGUUGAAGCAUAUCCAACGAAAAUGUUUGCAGGGAGGCAAAUAGUCACUGCAACAUUACUCAGUACCAAAGAAAGUGUCGGAAGAGAAACUCCGGAUAUUGAUACAUUUCAACAAUUUCCAAGAAGUGAAACGAAACAUCAACAAUCAUCGUAUGCUUUGAUCGCACAAAAUCGACCUGUUGAUAGAGGAACGAAUUAUGUGGCACUAAUAGCAGCAUUAGUUUGCAUGGUUGGAUUAUUUCUUCCCACUGAAGGUGAUAAAAAUCCUAAUAUACCCGAGUACCUUCAUCUAACGAUAAAUAUUAAAAUUAUUCUUGCAUUUGUACUAGGAAUGGUAACAAUCAUUACAUUAAGGCUUUAAUGUAAACAAAAAAAGUGA